AUCAGAUCCAGACACAGUUUUUAGCAACUGUCAGUUUAGAGACCCUCCGAUGUCUGUUUUGGUGUAACGUUGUGGACGGACCAAGGAGGUUCAAAAAGGGACCAACCGCUACUUUAACAACCACUUCCGCUCCUGACGUCAUGGAAGCUACUACGCGUGGAAUAUUAUAGAGUAGAGAGGACGGUGUUCAUUGGGCAGGUCCAACAAAUCAGAUCCAGACACAGUUUUUAGAGACCUGAGGCAGUUUGUCAAGUCCCCCCGAUGUGCCGAUGUCCUGUUUUGUUGAACUUGUAACGCUGUUUGGAUCGCCGCCGAGUGAGUGAGGACAACUGUAGGGAGAAGAGGACGGGAUCUAGGAGUGUGUGAGCCUGAGUUGUUUAUACACUCACGCAAACAUGGCGCUGUUGUUCAGAGACCUGCAAUCUAUUCGUCUCCGGCAGGAGGUGUCCUUACUUCUGAACAUGGACCAACCCAUCUCUGGACACGACUACCGUCUAUUGGCAGAACUACUGGGCUACGAGUACACGCUUAUCCGAGCUUUUGGAGGCACCAGCAACCCCACCCUACGUCUGCUUGAAGAUUGGGAGACCAAAAAAGACGCCACGGUGCAGAAGUUAUGUGACUGUUUGGAGGAGAUGGAGAGAUAUGACGUGUUAGAGUUGAUACAGGACCACGUUAAACAUGUUAAACAAACUGAGGCGAGGAGACCACUUGUGGUGCAACAGGAAACGGGUCGAGCUGCUUCCGACUCGGUGACGUCACACGGAGGUUUCACAAUCUCCGAAAGGACAGAUGUCAGGCCAAGUGUCAUCGAUUCGAAUUUGAGCCCGCCAGCUCCGAUUGGCUCAGAGUCAAGUGUUCCUUCCGGGUCCUUCACGACUGUUGGUACUUUUGUGUGCACUAUUAUGAGAAUUCCGCCCGAUAGAGGACUCCUAUCCGCUGUCUCAACGAGCAUCACGAAUUUCCAGCUUCUGCUGGCCGCCAUCUUGUUGGCCAAUGACGUCAUGUACGGGUUCGGGGCCAACAUCCGGGGAUUUCACCUGUCGGAACACGUGAUGAUUUUCCUGCCGCUUUGGGAGUUUUUCUACUGCGAACCUCGCGUCAAAACAAACUGUGAGCUGAGCAGAAUUAUCACAGAAAAGACACUACAAACUAAGGAUACUUGCGAAGACUUUUUUGAAGAUGAAAAACUACAAAAACUGAAAGCGCUACGCUCCAGAAUAGCCUACAGUUUGAGGACCGCCAUUUUGUUGACCUUGAUGAUUGAGUUGGUGUUUAUUAUGUUUAUACUCGCGAGAUGGCACUCGGAUAUUCGGUCAGACUUUUUCGGUGCAGUCUUUAUAACAUUCGUGUCAGACACUGCGUUCAACUGCUGGCUGUACUUCUGUCAUUAUCAUUCUAUUAAGACAGAAAAACUUGACAGACGUUUUGUGUUUUAUGAUCUUAUGAUGUUUGUCAACAUGUCUAAUUCCUCAGUGUCUCUUAAGCUUGCACCCUUAUAGCAAAAACUGUUUAUUACUAUUAGAUAUACUAGUAUAACGUUGCUGCAUUGGUAUUAAUGAUUAUUUGUAUAUUUCAUGUUUUGUAUGCUAUUUAUUUUCAACGUCUGUAUUGACAUGUUACCUUCACAGAAGGAAAACAUAUAUAUGGUUUUUGCUCUGUUUCUU